AAAACUUCGUUUAUGGUUCGUUACUGGCAGCACAACUUUUGUAUAAUUGUGGUUUGUUUUGUAAUUUAUUCAUCUAGUGUUAACGGGACAUUUCGUUACAAAUGACUAUAAAUUCAAUUCAACAGUAACAUCAUUCAGUCAGCAACAUACGGCCGUUAAUAUUAAUGAGGCUAUUAAACAUGAAUUACAAAAUUUACACAUUGAAAAUAAAGUUAAGAUGGUUACGGCAGAUGGUGCUGCCAAUAUGAGAUUGGCAUUAGAUGUACUGAACACAGAUACAAAAACAAUUUGGUGCAUGGCACACCGUCUCCAUUUAGUCGUUACAAAUGGUCUUUGUCUGUGGUUGAAAAAUUGCAGUGGUGGUAAUGAUGAAGAUUUUUAUGAUGAUAGUAUGACAUUAAUUUCAAGAAAAGAUGAUAAUGAUAUGCCAAAAAAAAAUUCGGCAACAACAAUGAACAGUUCAAAGUAUGUCAGUGUAGUUUAUGUUUAG